AAGAAGCCCCGCGAGGCUCGCGGUUACUUCUCUCUUCCCUGAGUUUUUAAUCCAGUGAAAAGAAGGCAGAUUCUCUUCUCUUGUUGCGGGAGCUCUUCCGGAUCGACAAAAUGGGAGCCUACAAGUACCUUGAGGAGCUCUGGAAGAAGAAGCAGUCUGAUGUGCUGCGCUUCCUUCUUCGUGUGCGCACGUGGGAGUACAGACAGCUGCCCGCUGUCCACAGGUGCACGCAGAGCACGCGCCCCGACAAGGCACGUCGUCUGGGGUACAAGAAGAAGCAGGGCUUCGUGAUUUACCGUGUCCGAGUGAGAAGAGGAGACAGGAAGAAGCAAGUCCACAAGGGCAUUGUGUACGGAAAGCCGAAAAACCAGGGUGUUCGUAAGCAGAAGUCAACUCGCAACCUGCGCGCCGUGGCUGAGGAGAAAGUUGGCCGUAAGAUCUGCGGAGGCUUGCGCGUGCUGAACAGCUACUGGGUGGGCCAAGACGCCGUGUACAAGUACUACGAAGUGAUUUUGGUGGACCCUGCCCACAAUGCGAUCCGCAACGACCCGCGCAUCAACUGGCUGUGCAAGCCUGUGAUGAAGCACAGAGAGUGCAGAGGCCUCACCUCUGCCGGCAAGAAGUACCGUGGCCUGCGCACCAAGGGCAGCGGUGCAGCCCGUCUGCGCCCUUCCCGCCGUGCAUGCUGGAAGAAGAGGCAAGCUGUCCGCCUGCGCAGAUACAGAUAAGCCACGCGGGAAGCGAGGCAGAGACCGAAAGAAGCGAGGCGGAGCCAGGAGGGAAGCCGGACGGCGCACAGGGGGCUCUCGACUUCUGCGUUCUUGGGCGCUUUUUUCUGUUUUUGAGAGAUCUGGAAAACGAGCUCGCAAGAAAACACGCAUGGGUGGUUACCGCACUGCGGCUUCUCGUCUCCGUUUCUUAGCCGACGAACCACGAACGCUGGGAGCGAGAAAGCGGGAUGGAAGGCCGCCGACUGUUGUGGGCUGCUCUCUGCUUAGCCGCCGAGUGUGGGUUCUGUGCCUGCUCUUCUACGGCUUCUCAAAAGAGAGGAACGCGAGAGGCGUGCGGCCACCUCCCGUCGGGGCAAAGCCCAAAGGGAGUUAAAGAUACAUCCGGAGAAAGGGGAAGCUGUCGAGGCAGCCAAGCAGCCGACGCUGUGCCACUGCGUGACUUUCAGAGAGCAUGCAACCAGUCAAGAAGAGGAACGGAGGCGUGAGUAUAUACGUGUGUAUAUCGACGAGCGCGUCUCUUGAACUCGAAGCCUUGUGACACUUUAUACCAUCGUUAGUCUGCUUUCUCUCGCUGAGAAAGAAGAACUCUAAAGUGUUUGCGUGGAGGAAA